AUGGUAGAGGCCACCGAAAACAUUUCACCGCCCGUAAUAAGAAGAAUUACGAAGGAGUUGGGAAAUCUUAAAGCACAACCUCCAGAGGGGAUCAGGGUUCUGAUGAAUGAACUUAAUGUUUGUGACGUUCAAGCUUGGAUAUCGGGUCCCGAAGGCACCCCGUAUGAGGGCGGUUACUUUAAAGUUAAAGUGAUAUUCGGUACAGAUUUUCCGACUGCACCUCCGAAAUGUAUUUUCAUUACCAAAAUAUUUCAUCCUAAUGUGUCAAAAUCGGGUGAAGUCUGCGUGGAUACGUUGAAAAGGGAUUGGAAUAAGGAAUUCGGUAUUGAGCACAUCCUCCUGACUAUUAAGUGUCUUUUGAUUGUUCCAAACCCUGAGUCUGCUCUUAAUGAUGAUGCGGGUAAAUUACUUCUGGAUAGUUAUGAUGACUAUGCGAAGCGGGCGCGAAUGAUGACGGGUAUACAUGCCCAAUGUAAGCCAGCCGUAUUUUCAAAUAAUAGUGUUACUACCACCACAUCCCCUUCGUCAACAUCUGGUACCAAUGCGGCAUCAACAAUUUCAACAUCUUCACCUCCCCAAAAGAUUGUAUCCAUUCAAACAAAGUCUCCCAGCACAACUACUCCUACAUCGUCUUAUACUCCAUUAGUUACCCCACUUGCUGUUUCAAAAUCAAAAAAUGAGUCAGAAGCCGUUGGUAACGUUAAAAAGAAUGUGACGUCUUUGACCUCCGACAAUUCAAACCUUUCCGUUACGCCAAAGAAACGUUCUGGAGAUAAAAAGCUGGAUAAGAAACAAGCAGAUAAAAAGCGAAGCUUAAAGAGGCUUUAA